UGCUAUCUGUUGUGUAAGCUUUCCCGCGAUAGUUUUGUGUAGCAGUUUAGAGUUUUGUGUGAGAAACUUUCCUUUGUGUGUGAAAAACGGCUGCGAUGCUAACACGUUAGCCCGUCUAUGGGAUUCCCCAUGUAACGUUAGCAUUAAGCUAAUCGCUAAACGCGUGGGCCUAAUAACCAGUGAAAGGGUUUGGAUAAGCUUGUGUUUAUGUGUUAUAUACAUUGUAGUGCAUGGCUUAAUGUUUGAUGUUGCAAAGAAAAUGCAAUUACAGCAGAAAUGUAAUAUUUUAUUUUUGUUUCUGUACCAGUUUUACAGUGCUUCAACAGUAAACAUCUAAAACGUAUCCGCUGACUCCUGGAUGUUUAUUGUGGACCUGUUAGCUAUCUGCCAAGCUAGAAACCAGCUUCACACCCUAGUGAGGGCAGAAUAGUAAAAAGGCAUCGUCCCAACACGGCUACCUACAGAAAAGUGGAUCUGCGUGGAAACACAGUUUCUUCUGUUUCUUCUAAGCUACAAUGGAUGGUAACGACGACACGCUUGAGACGCGGUCAAUAUGCUCCAACACCUCACGUGCCAGUCAGCGCUCUUCAGCCAGUGCAAUCGCAGCCAGAGCACGGGCAAAAGCAGAGGCUGCACGUGCUCAAGCACUAUUUGCACAAAAAGAGGCAGAUAUGUUAAAAGCACAAGCAUAUAUUGAGGAGGAACAACAAAAAGCAGCAGCUGAGGCUGCCAGGAAGAAAGCAGAGCUGCAGGCCAGUUUGCAUACCUUGAGACUAGAGGGCGCGGCUGCAGCUGCCAUUGCUGAAGCGAAUGUUCUUGAAGCAGCUGUUGAGAAUGAAUUUGGGGAGUUAGAUCGGGCUAGCCUGAAAAGUGUAUACGUUGAGCAUAAUCCAAGUCCUGAACCUCACCAAGACUCAGAGCUACCAGAACUCAUGCCAACUCUGAUGCACCAACUACCAGUCGACAGUGAUGAGAUUGGCAAAUACGACUUGCCUGUUCAGAGAACAUCCAAACUGAGUCAAGAUGCCACUCCCUAUUACCCUCGUACUCAAAGCACCUGCAGGACAGACCCAUUCAAGCAAGAACAUUCAUACAGCUUAAAUCCACCCAAGGAUACGUACAGACACCAGACACAUGAUAUGAGACAAUACAGCAGUAGCUACCAACCGCCUCAGUCUCAUACAGGUGCUGCCAGAACUGACGAGCCCACUUCAUCAUCGACCACAGACCUGGCCAAGUAUCUAAUACGGCGAGAGAUGAUAAGCUCUGGGCUGUUAAGGUUCGACGAUCAGCCAGAAAAUUAUUGGGCCUGGAAGCAAUCCUUCCACAGUUCUACAGAGGACUUAAAACUGACGUCAAGAGAGGAGCUUGAUCUGCUAUGUAAAUGGCUGGGACCAAAGUCAUCAGAGCAUGCUAAGAGGAUACGAGCGGUCCACAUACACGAUGCAGCUGCAGGUGUAAGAAUGGUAUGGCAAAGGUUGGAAGACUGCUAUGGAUCGCCAGAAGCAAUUGAAGAAGCUCUCCUAAAGAAACUGGAUGAUUUUCCAAGAAUCUCAAAUCGAGAAAAUCAAAAGCUGAGAGAGCUGGGAGACAUUCUCUUGGAGCUUGAAGCCGCCAGAGCCGAUGGGUUCCUACCAGGCCUCAGUUACCUGGACACAUCUCGGGGCAUCACUCCAAUCGUCCAAAAGUUGCCAUACUCCCUGCAUGACAAGUGGGUCUCUCUAGCAUCUCGUUACAAAGAAAAUCAUCAAGCGUCUUACCCACCGUUCUCCUUCCUCGCAAAGUUUGUUUGUGAUCAAGCCAAAACGCUCAAUGAUCCAAGCUUUGCCCCUCUUACAGGUGGUUGGAGAACAGGGAAGCCAGAACACCCCUUCAAAUCAAACAUGAAAAUACCCAUUUCUGUUAAAAAGACAGAAGUCUCCUCAAGCUCUAAAAGCAUGCAAGCCAGUCCCGCAGGGAAGAGGAGGGCUGAACCAGAUGAACAAUGCCCACUCCAUAACAAACCACACCCCCUCAGAAACUGUCGUGGGUUUAGGAGUAAAUCUUUAGAGGAAAGGAAAGCUUAUCUUAAAGAGAAUAAUAUUUGCUUUAAGUGCUGCGCUUCAUUCACUCAUCUAGCGAAAGACUGCCACAAAAACAUUCAGUGCAGAGAGUGCAGGAGUGAGAACCACCCUACUGCGCUACACCCAGGGCCGGCCCCCUGGAUAUCAGAGUCUUCUGUAACCGCAAGAGAGCAAGGCGGGGAGCAAGGAGAAGAAGCUUCUCAAGCUGUCACAGCAAAAUGCACAGACAUUUGUGGGACUACCGUCAGAGCAAAGUCGUGCUCCAAAAUCUGUCUUGUCAGAGUUUAUCCAGCUGGCCAGAGGGAGAAAGCUGUUAAGGCGUACGUCGUUCUCGACGAGCAAAGCAACAAGUCUUUGGCAAGAACAGAGUUUUUUGAGCUCUUUGGAGUUACAGAGGGCACGGCAGCAUACACCUUGAAGACCUGCUCAGGAGUUAUGGAAACAACAGGGCGCCGAGCUAACAAUUUCAUCAUGGAGUCAUUAGAUGGUAAGACUCACAUUCCACUCCCCACCUUAAUCGAAUGUGACAUGCUUCCUGAUGAUAAGUCUGAAAUCCCCACACCUGAGAUUGCCAGACAUUAUCCACAUUUCAAGCGGGUUGUGGAUAAAAUCCCGGCUAUAGAUCCAUCAGCAAGCAUCCUGAUCUUGCUCGGUCGAGAUGUACCACAGGCACACAAGGUUCGAGAGCGAUGCAAUGGGCCCCACGAUGCCCCCUACGCCCAGCGUCUCGACUUGGGAUGGGUGAUUGUGGGAGAGGUUUGUCUCGGAAGAGCUCACAAACCGGAGUUUGUAAACGUCUAUCGGUGCAACGUGCUGAGUAACGGUCGUACAUCUCUGUUUGACCCUUGCACUAACAGUCUACACAUCAAAGAGAAGCUUGACACUCCAGAGCAGCAUCGUCAGUUUCUAGGCGCUAACGCAUCCGAAAUCCUGUUUGAUGGGAAAGAUGGCCUUGGGGAAGGGGUCUUCCAGCAAACGCCACAUGACAACAAGCCUGCUAUGUCUGUGGAAGACAAACUUUUUCUGGAAAUAAUGGACAAUGAGGUCUUCAUAGACGACUCGAAUAGUUGGGUGGCACCACUACCCUUCAGGCAACCAAGGCGCAAACUUCCUAACAACCGAGCCCAAGCAGUCAAGCGUCUUUUGACACUACGGCACAUGCUAGAGAAGAAGCUAGACAUGAAAGAACACAUGAUUGCCUUCAUGCAGAAGAUCUUUGAGGCAGGUCAUGCUGAACCAGUACCACCAACCACUGGUGAACAGGAGUGCUGGUAUUUACCAAUCUUUGGAGUGUAUCAUCCGCGAAAACCAGGUCAGGUACGGGCAGUGUUCGACUCCAGCGCUAAGCAUGAUGGUGUCUCACUGAAUGACAUCCUGCUGAGUGGCCCUGACUUGAAUAAUUCACUUUUAGGAGUCCUCAUCCGCUUCCGCAAGGAACCUGUAGCGGUGGCAGCAGACAUAGAACAGAUGUUCUAUUGCUUCAAAGUCCGCCAUGAUCACCGGGACUUCCUACGUUUCCUCUGGUUCGAGGACAAUGACCCCACCAAGCGCAUCACAGAGUAUAGGAUGACCGUGCACGUAUUCGGCAACAGCCCCUCUCCCGCUGUUGCCAUAUACGGCUUGAGAAGAGCAGCUCUGCAAGGACAGGAAGACCACAGUGCAGAGGCAAAACAGUUUGUUCUAAAGAACUUCUACGUGGACGAUGGUCUUGCUUCCUUCCCCACCGACGACAACGCCAUCCGAGUCCUGAAGGAAACCAAGGAGAUGUUGGCUGAUUCCAACAUACGGCUACAUAAGAUAGCUUCCAACCACGACGUAGUAGUGGAAGCGUUUCCACCUGAGGAACGGGCUAAAGAGCUGAAAGACCUAGAGCUUGGUGUGGAUCCGUUGCCUAUGCAGAGAAGCUUAGGUCUCAACUGGCAUCUUCAAACCGACAGCUUUACCUUUCUUGUCUCCCAGGAGGAGAAGCCCUUUACCCGUAGAGGUAUUCUCUCCACAGUUAACAGCAUAUUCGACCCGUUGGGGUUUGCAGCUCCUAUUGUAGUCCAGGGCAAGGCGAUAGUCAGAGAGCUAUGCGCUGAGCAUUGCGAUUGGGACACCCCAAUACCUGCUGAAAAAGUGGCACAGUGGAAGUCUUGGAGAGACUCGCUGAAGGCACUCGAGCAACUUCACAUACCAAGGCCAUACCUACCUGUUUCCCUGCUUUCCACACAGCACAGGGAGUUAUGUGUCUUUUGCGACGCAUCCACCAUGGCCAUCUCUGCAGUUGCCUACCUAAGGGCAGUGGAUGAUGAAGGACACUGUCUUGUAGGAUUCUGCAUGGGGAAAUCUAAAUUAGCACCCCGGCAUUCCCAUACUGUUCUCCGUCUAGAGCUUUGUGCGGCCGUACUACUCAGAGGGACAUAGUGGUAUAGUCCUCUAUACCAGGCGGGGAGUGUGCUGCCCCUUUAAGGCAGGCAUGAUAAUUUGGGCGUGUGUUUUUUGUACCAGCAGACUUGCCGUAGUACCUCAGCAGUGAAAAACAGUCCUUUAGCCAAACUGUUGUCUGUUCCACUUUUUGUUCACUUUUUCUUGCUGAGCCUGAGAGAGCACAUGCCUUUUUACAGUGCUUCAACAGUAAACAUCUAAAACGUAUCCGCUGACUCCUGGAUGUUUAUUGUGGACCUGUUAGCUAUCUGCCAAGCUAGAAACCAGCUUCACACCCUAGUGA